AUGACAUAUCAAGUCGAAUACGCGACAGAAGCGGAUGCCCUCGGCUUGGGCCGGGUCAACAAUGACAGCUUCCAGGAUCGACUGAUGCUAUCAGCCAUGUUCCCCGAAACAGACCAACCAACUCUACGGACUUACAAGUCCUUCCACAUCAUGAAGCAUCUCACCGCUCCAGAAACACAUGUGCUGAAAAUCACAGACCCCACGACCGGAACCAUCAUUGGCUACGGACGCUGGGUUAUUCCUACGGUUCUAGGAAUUCCUCCGAACGUUCCUGAGUUAAGUGAAGAAGCUCAAAUAUAUGCCAAGGAUCCAGUUGCAUUCGCACCACAGCCCUUCAAACCCGAGGUAUAUCAGGGUUUUCGGGCCGUGUUACAAGAGGGUCAGAAGAAACACACUACAGAUCGGGAUAUACACCUUGACUUGUUGGCUACUUUGCCCGGAUAUCAAGGACGGGGCGUGGGGUCUGCCAUUCUUCGCUGGGGCAUUAAUCAGGCGGAUGCAGUGCAAGCUCGGAUUUAUCUGGAAUCGACUCCUGAGGGGUAUCCAGUGUAUCUCAAAUAUGGAUUUAAGGCGCUGGAGGAGAUCACAUUGGACUAUGAGAAGAUGGGUGGUCAUGGUAAAGAGGACUUGGUUCUUAUGAUCCGAGAUCCUGUUUCGCUACAGUAG